AUGGGUAUUGCCGAGGAUGAAGUCAAGGCACUGAACAGCAAGCUCGAGGCGCUCGAGCUGCGGAUCAAGAACCUGGAGCAAAAGUCUUUCGGCACAUCAGGAAAGACCGCCGAAGAAAUCCGCAUGAUUCUCAUCGGCCCUCCUGGUGCUGGCAAGGGCACACAAGCACCCAAGAUCAAGGAGCUCUUCUCCUGCUGCCACCUGGCCACCGGUGAUAUGCUGCGGUCGCAGGUCGCGAAGAAGACUCCGCUCGGCCGAGAGGCCAAGAAGAUCAUGGACCAGGGCGGCCUCGUCAGUGAUGAUAUCGUCAUUGGCAUGAUUAAGGAGGAGCUUGACAACAACAAGGAGUGCAAGGGAGGAUUCAUUCUUGACGGCUUCCCAAGGACAGUCCCCCAGGCCGAGGGUCUCGACAAGAUGCUCCAGGAGCGCAACCAGACGCUCCAGCACGCCGUCGAGCUGCAGAUCGACGACUCACUCCUCGUCGCCCGCAUCACUGGCCGCCUCAUCCACCCGGCCUCGGGCCGCACGUACCACAGCACCUUCAACCCUCCCAAGGAGUACAUGAAGGACGACGUCUCGGGCGAGCCGCUCGUCCAGCGCAGCGACGACAACCCCGAGGCCCUCAAGAAGCGUCUCGCGACCUACCACGCCCAGACCACCCCCGUCGUGAACUACUACCAGAAGUCCGGUAUCUGGAAGGGCAUCGACGCAUCCCAGCCCCCUGGCCAAGUCUGGAAGAGCCUGCUCAGCAUCUUCCACGAGCAGCGCAAGGCUGGUGACAGCUAA